AUGGGUUGUGUAUGUUGCUCGUUAAGUUCUUUUGUAUCCAUAAUUCUUGAUGCCCUGGAAAGAGUAUCACUGUGGACAGUAUGCGCAAUGCUAACAUGUUGUUUGAUGCUGACCAUUCUAACCGUCACCAUCAUGGGCAUCGGGAUAGGCUACCACUACUGUUUCGUUCAAUCAUCAGUGGAUGCAAUGGCUCAGGCAGCGAAAGCGGCAGGAUCUUUGCGGUCUGGCUCGGGACAAGGUCCCGUGCUGCGAUCAAUCGACAAAGCGGUCAAACGUGGAUUCGCACAUCGUGUGGAACGCCGUGAUGUUGACAAUCCACCCCCGACGAAUAACGUAACGGAUUUUUAUCAAAAUUACACUAGUGUGUUCAAUUCUACAAAUUCAACAAAAUUCUAUUGA